AUACUCGAUGCGGCUUGUGUUGAUACGCUGCGCCCAUCGUACGGAAACUGCACCGAAUUUUGACCAAAUAUGGGCAAAACCAGGCACCUAUUGUUACGAGCCGCAGUAUAAAAAUCCACGAGCCACUGCCCUCUUGCCUAUUCGUCUAGUUUUCUCUAGCGGUCAGAUCUAACUUGGGUGAUCAUUGUAACUUUACCUCUCUCUCUUAAACAAAAUGUGUGACGACGACGUUGCUGCUCUGGUUGUUGACAAUGGCUCCGGUAUGUGCAAGGCCGGUUUCGCCGGAGACGAUGCUCCCCGCGCCGUUUUCCCCUCUAUCGUCGGCCGACCUCGCCAUCAAGGCGUUAUGGUCGGUAUGGGUCAGAAAGACUCCUAUGUAGGAGACGAGGCCCAGAGCAAGAGAGGUAUUCUUACUCUGAAAUACCCCAUCGAACACGGAAUUGUCACAAACUGGGACGAUAUGGAGAAGAUCUGGCAUCAUACAUUCUACAACGAGCUUCGUGUGGCUCCCGAAGAGCACCCCGUUCUCCUGACAGAGGCUCCCCUCAACCCAAAAGCCAACAGAGAAAAGAUGACCCAGAUCAUGUUCGAGACCUUCAACAGCCCCGCCAUGUACGUCGCUAUCCAGGCCGUACUCUCCCUGUACGCUUCUGGUCGUACCACCGGUAUUGUGAUGGACUCUGGUGAUGGUGUUACCCACACCGUGCCCAUCUAUGAGGGUUACGCUCUGCCCCAUGCCAUCCUCCGUCUUGACUUGGCUGGCCGUGAUCUGACAGACUACUUGAUGAAGAUCCUGACAGAGCGUGGCUACUCUUUCACCACCACCGCUGAGCGUGAGAUCGUCCGUGACAUCAAGGAGAAGCUCUGCUAUGUUGCUCUUGACUUUGAGCAGGAAAUGACAACUGCUGCAUCCAGCUCUAGCCUCGAGAAGAGCUACGAGUUGCCUGAUGGACAGGUCAUCACCAUUGGCAACGAGCGAUUCAGGUGCCCCGAGGCCAUGUUCCAGCCCUCCUUCCUGGGUAUGGAAUCCGCUGGUAUCCAUGAGACCACCUACAACUCCAUCAUGAAGUGUGACGUCGACAUCCGUAAGGAUCUGUACGCCAACACUGUCCUGUCUGGUGGUUCCACUAUGUACCCUGGUAUCGCUGACCGCAUGCAGAAGGAAAUCUCUGCCCUCGCUCCCCCGACAAUGAAGAUCAAGAUCAUCGCUCCACCAGAGAGGAAAUACUCCGUCUGGAUCGGAGGCUCCAUCCUCGCCUCCCUGUCCACCUUCCAACAGAUGUGGAUCUCCAAGCAGGAAUACGACGAAUCUGGUCCUUCCAUUGUUCACAGGAAGUGCUUCUAAAUUCUUCAUAGAAAUAGGACAUAUAAAAAAGAUUUAUGGACAGACGUUAAAGUUUUUCAUAAGAUGUAUCACCCUGUUAGAGACACUGUUCGAUUUUUGGACGCCCCCUCCUAGAUUUCUAAAUUCUAUUUAUUGUACAGACUGAAAUGAUCUUUGUAGAAUAAAUGUAUUGGACUAGACACCCGACAAUUUGUUAUGGAAUAAAGUUGUCUUUUUUUAAUAAAAACAUCUUGUGAUUGAA